UUUUCCAUCACUGUUUUCUCUCCCUUCUCAAAAGUACUUCCCUUUCUAUUUAAAUUUCUCUCUUCCCCUUUUCCAAACAAAUCCAAAUCUAGAGCCCUUCAAAACAGAAAGCCUCGUACUUUUUUCCCUUCAAUGGACUCUCUCCAAGCCACUUACAAAGACGAAGACGACGAAGAAACCGCCCCCCAACCAUCACCUUCCACCGGUCCGCCACCACGGCAACCACCAAUCACUGGCGAUCCUCAAUACGAUGCUAUACUUGGAGAUGACGUCCGACCCACGAAAGAAAUUGAACCCCAAAACGACAUCACCACCAGCAAACUCAAAACCACCCAUCUUGCAGCGGCUUCCUCUGAUUCCAUCUCCGAAGAAGAUCCCACCACCACCACAACAACAACAGCUUCUGAUGACGCCCAAAACCCAGCUAUAGUUCCCCGAAACGACGACGAAUUCGACGACGAUGAAGAAGAACCUCCACCCAAAAAGCAAAAACAACUUUCCUCCUUAACAACUCCUCCCCAAUUCUCUAAUUCAGUUCCCACAAUCAACGAUGAUAACGCCACCGCAGCCGCAGUGGAAAACAACAACAAUAACGGCAAUGCUCGAUCAAAUCCUUCCCCUGCAACGAAAACAACGACUGCAAAGAAGUCUAAGAAGAAAAACAAUAAUGUUUGGGUGACGAAAACGUCACGAAAAGGGAAAAAGAAGAGCAAAGUGAAUAACCAGAAUGCUGGGAAUGCGGAAGACACAGUUUUGAUCGCCCCUGUUCCAAGAUUCCCUGACAAAGGGGACGAUACCCCGGAUAUGAAAAUAUGUCUUUCCAAGGUUUAUAAGGCAGAAAAAGUGGAGUUAAGUGAGGAUAGGAUGAGUGCAGGGAGCACAAAGGGGUAUAGAAUGGUUAGAGCCACAAGAGGGGUGGUGGAAGGAGCUUGGUACUUUGAAAUUAAGGUGGUGAAGUUGGGGGAGACGGGGCAUACACGGCUCGGGUGGUCUACUGAGAAAGGGGACUUGCAGGCUCCAGUAGGCUAUGAUGGCAAUAGCUUUGGGUACAGAGAUAUUGAUGGGAGUAAGGUGCAUAAAGCUUUGAGAGAGAAGUAUGGAGAAGAAGGGUAUAAGGAAGGGGAUGUUAUUGGGUUUUAUAUAAAUUUACCAGAAGGUGGGUCCUUUGCUCCCAAGCCGCCCCAUUUGGUUUGGUAUAAAGGACAGAGGUAUGUGUGCGCCCCUGAUGCGAAGGAGGAGCCGCCUAAAGUAGUGCUUGGAAGUGAAAUUUCUUUUUUCAAAAAUGGGGUAUGCCAAGGAGUUGCUUUCAAGGAUUUGUAUGGUGGUCGUUACUAUCCUGCUGCUUCAAUGUAUACUCUUCCGCAUCAGCCAAACUGUGAGGUGAAGUUCAACUUUGGCCCAGACUUUGAAUGCUUCCCAGAGGAGUUUGAUGGACGUCCUCUUCCCAGGCCCCUGGUUGAAGUUCCUUAUCAUGGGUUUGAAAACCGAGUCGAAAAUGGUGUAUCCAAUGAGAAGAAACAGUUUUCCUGGUAGGAUGGAAGGACUUCCUGGUGAUUGCAAUUAUUGGAACUGUCACCUGACAGGUAAAUUUUGAUUCCCAAUUAAAUAUGUGCUUUGCUGAGAGUGCCAAGAUGUUCCAGAGGCAGCAGAACAUAUAUAAAUUCUGAAUCAAGGAAAAUGAUCAGGUUGGCCUUAUUGCCUUUUGGGUGAAAUUCUCUAAUAAGCUACUUGUUCUUAGUUUCUGAAUUCCAAUUCUAUUGGUUAUAUGACUUUAAAGAGGAGGUGAUUUGAUAGCUAAACUGUAUUUGAAAUCUUUUAUGGUGAAAUGCUAUGUUAUUAACAAUUGAGUAAUCAUUUGCUUAUGUUGCUUGCUUUUGUUUUUACUUUUAAAUAUAGAAAGCAGUUUUGGCUGUGAAGCUAAUUGCUUAUUAUUCUAAAUCUGAAAUUGCAUAUAGUUGAUCUCGUAGGCCCAAGUCACCUUGCUUCUGCAAAAUUGCUUGGCUUAUUGGAAUGAAUAGAACAAGGCGGAAUCAAGAAAUUCUAGGACUUGCUGUUUGAAUCAGCCAAUAAUCUUCCAUCCGUUUUACUCUUUCGUUAUGCCUUUUGUUUCAUUGUUAGUUUAAAGGGUCAUUUAAUUCUACAACUGGUAGAGUAGGAAAUCAAAUGCUACCAUGCUUUGUAGGAUAAGAGAGGUAUGACAAUAAAUAACAAUAUCGGAUUCUAUGUGUUUAGUAAUUGAAAUGGGUAUAAUUUAAAUCUCUUAAUAAGGAUUCAUUGGAUAGC